CGAACCUAGCCCUAUACUUUGGGAUUCCAAGAGGAGCCUUCAUCGAUUAAAAAUGUUUCUUUUCUGUGAAAUAACCUUGUGAUUUGUAUCUACAAGCUUCAAAAAAGACUGGAGAAGUGCUAUCGUACACCGACGUUCGAGAAAAGAAACAGUGUAAUUAUAUAUCAAAUAUGCCCAUGUACAUGCCGCGCGAUUACUAGAUUUUGAAGGACUAAACUCCAUCAAACGCUACAGAAGAUCAAAGGUGGCGUCGAAUCUCGUCAUCUGGUUUGAAAGCUAUGGCAAGUAAAUUUUUCUCCGUCUUUUUAAGUUUGUUCGGGUUCAGGCAAUGCGCUGGAAGAGUGCUUAAAGCUUCUAAGAGGUGAAAGGGAUGAACAACGUCUAGCUGGACUACUUCUGGCAACCAAAUUCUGUCAGGGAGAUGAUAAAGGCUCGGUUGUCAAAGUCUUUAAUGCAGUGGGAAUGCUGUUUUUGGACCGCCUUUUGAAGACAGGAAUUGGGCAAAGUACUGGAAAUAUUCCUAAUAAAGACCAGCAAGAAGCAUAUUUACAGCUUGCCCUCACUAUUUUAGCAGCUUUUUGUCGUGUUCCUGAGCUUGCUUCUUUAGAUGAUAUUAUUUCUAAAGUUCCUGUCAUUUUGGGAAUUUUGUCAAACAAGCCAGAACAAUCUGUUUCCACGGAAUGUUGUGAGUGCUUACUGGAGAUUGCAACAGCCUCAGAAAAGGGAUUUCUAGCACUAUAUGAAGCAAGGGCCCUAGCUACACUUGCUAAUCAUGUUAGCCAUUCAUCUGCUGAUUCUCCAUCACUUCAAAUGGCUAUGGUAUUGAUGAAAUUUUUGCUGGACAAGAUGCCUGUGAAAACAGAGAUUUCUGAAUAUUCAGGUCAACUAGCUACUGUGGCAGUUGCAAUAGCCAGACAAUUUGCAAUCCAGCAAACAUUACUCAAGUUUGAUGCUCUGCUUUUGAUGUUAACUCUUACUACUUCUGAGCAUUUGGCCCCCAUACGAAUGUCUUUGAAAUUGGAUUCUAGAGAUGCAGCUUGGCCAACAUAUGUUCGUUCUGGAAUUGGAACAAUUUUGCAGAAUCGUGUUGUUGCUGAUCAAAAACAUCUGGCCCUCGAACUGGCAAUGUCCAUGAUGGAGAUGUAUGGAGAGGAUUGGUUGAUUGGUCCAAUGGAAUUACCAGAGGAAACAGCAGUUCCAUCAGAUAGGUGUCUUUUGCUUGUUUUAGAAACAGCAAGGGUUGAAGUUGCUGUAUUAAUAAAUGAGCUUGCUCGUUUGAAGUUUGAAUCUAGUAAUAGCAGAGAUUCAAGCCUAGAAGAAGCCACCAUAAGACAACGGCGUCUUGCCAAUUGUUAUGCAUUGGUAGAAAAUAUAAUAAGAUUGAUCUCUAAUGCUUGUGAAAGGCAAGAUAAUUACAUCAGCGAGUCUACAAUGGUUAAAGCAACAGUUGCUUUAAAUGAGACAGUUGGAGUUAUCAUUGAUUUUCUUUGGGAUGCAAAGGUUCAUGAUAUGACGAAGGGGGAUGAUCUAUUAGCAUCUGUCCGGGUUGUAUGCAGGUACCUUGCGGAAACACCAUUAGCAUAUAAAGUACAAUUUCAACAGCUUCUGUCUCACAUUAUGUCCAUUACAGGACAAGAUGAAGAACGGCCCUUUCUUUCUAUUCAGUUCUCUCUUCCUACACUAUGCCAAACUACAAUGGACCCCGAAGGUUGCAUUGCUUUAGUGUCAUGUGAAGGCCACAAGCAGGUGCUUGAAUUCCUUUUGAGAUUACUUCAGGAUAUUUCGAAGGAAACUAUUGGUACUGUUUUACUAGCCUGUGAUAUCAUAAUGAAUGUUCUUUUGAAGAGAGAUGACAUACAGGCUCAACUCAGGGUUGAUGACUUUGUAUCGGUUUUACCAGCUUUAGCAGCUUGGACAGCCAAACAUAAUGACUCCAUGGUUAUUGCUAUGGCUGCAUGUACAUGUACUUUAGUCCUUGAUCUGUCAAGUGAAAAUUCUUUGGCAAAGAUUCCAGAGUUUGAUAUCCAAAAUCUUUAUACCCUCUCUGAACUCAUCACUCGAAGUUUGGAGCUUUUUCUGCAGGAUGAAAAAUCGGCAAUUCCAGCAGAUAAUCAAGACCUAUAUGAUAUAACAGUCUCAGGAUGUGCCCGAUUAGUGGCUAAUUACCCAUCAAUCAGACAGGCAAUACGAACAUCAAACUGGUUUCAGAAUAUUUUGCAGAAUCAGUCUAAAAUGAACAACAUUAUGGAUGUUACAGAGAAUCCUUCAAUGCAGGAUUUCUUAGCUAGCAUUAUUAGUUAAUGAAGAAACUGCGAGCCAGACUUGAACCAACUCCAAAUGCAGGGAGGACAAAUCUUCUGUUGCUAUUUAAAUUCUUACCUUCUAUUAUCCUGUUAACAUGUACCUAAGCUGAAGGAAAUUGUUAUUAUAUGUUCUCUUUUCGGUCGCUUGGUUUAAAUGGUUUUUGGUAGUAGGUAGCUGUUCAAAAAAUUGCAAAUCAAGUUGCAGUUAAGCAGCCGAAGGCCAAAGUCUUACUUCCCUACCGAGUCCUUAGCAUUAGCGAAAUUCAAAUUAUAGCUUUUUUUUUCUGAAAUGUAACAUUCAAAUUUAUAAUUGUGCCACAUUUGUAUAAUAUAAGCUUAUGAAAACCGUUAUACAGUGCAAAUUUAUAAGAUGUAUCAUAUUUUUCUUUGC